AAAGCGUCAGAUAUAUUUGUGCAUGACUCUGAAUAAUAUUUUUAUUUCUAAGCAUAUUGAGCAAGAUCCGUUCAUUAACAUGAGACCCUUUGGUCACUUAAAAAAUCCGCGAAUACCGGUAGAUUAAAAAAUUUGAUUUUUUUUCCUUAGUGUUGGCAACAUUGACAGUGAUAUUGACGGUGCCACAGUGACAGUGUUAACAAUGAACAACAACAGAAAUACAUUUACAAAUAUUGACGAAGAUAUCGGCUAAGAAACAAUGGAUUCAUUCUUUAAAUGGAGAUCUAGAAGAAACCAAAUUGGACAAAGAACGUCAUGAUAUCCUGUAGAUAAAACCAGAAGAUUCACUUCAUUUUGAUUCCAAUAUGCAGGGCACUUCAAGCUCUGUUACCCUGUGUGGUUUGAUAACUGUUUUGACAAUCCUUGAACACAUAUAAAACCGGAAGAUUCACUUCAUUUUGAUUCCAAUAUGCAGAACACCUCAAGCUCUAGUACCCCGUAUGGUAUGAUUACUGGACCAGCCUGUUUUGACAAUCAAUGGACUCGUAUAAAACAGGAAUAUAACCCUCAUUUUGAUGCCAAUAUGCAGGACACUUCAAGCUCUGGUACACCGUAUGGUAUGAUCGAUGGAUCAGCCCGUUUUGACAAUCGUUGGACAUGUAUAAAACAGGAAAAUAAUUCACUUCCUUUUGAUUCCAAUAUACAGGGUGCUUCAGGCUCUAGCAGCGUGCAUGGUAUAGCCACUGGACCAGUCUGUGUUGACAAUCAGUGGACUCGAAUAAAACAGGAAUAUAACCCUCAUUUUGAACGCAAUUUGCAGAAUGCUUCAAGCUCUGGUACCCCACAUGGUAUGAUCACUGGACCAUUCUGUUUAGACAACAGUCGUUUGAAGACUGAAGCGCUGCAACCUGACAACUCUUUUAGCUUAAAGAGAAGCUAUGAUACAGCUGUGUCUGAUUAUUACCAGUAUCGUAAUACUGUACGAGUAGAGCACAAAGAUUCAAAUAAACUGGGUAUGCCUUUGUCUUGGACAGGGAAUAACAGCUUUGAAAGGUAUGAUGGUAGUGACAUGGGGAUGCUGCCAUCUAGGACAGGGAAUAACGGCUUGGAGAGGUGUUGCGAUGGUAGUGACAAUGGGAUGCUGUCAUCUAGGACAGGGAAUAAUAGCUUGAAAAGAUGUUAUGAUGGUAGUGACAUAGGUAUGCUGUCAUCUUGGAGAGGGAAUAACAGCUUGGAAAGGUACAAUGGUAGUGACAUGGGCAUGCUGUCACCUAGGAUGGGGAAUAACAGCUUGGAAAGAUGUUAUUAUGAUGGUAGUGCAAUGGGUAUGCUGUCGUCUCGGACAGGGAAUAACAGCCUGGAAAGGUGUUAUUAUGAUGGUGACAUUAAAAAGAAAUGUUAUACCAUGGAAAAUGCAUUCAAAAGUGAUGAAGAUUAUACCCGUGUUUCCGAAGGUUAUGCCAGGAACAGUUUUGGUCAGAUAUCAAACCAUAUUCCUACAUCAUUCGUUCCAGCAAAAUACCAUCAUGGUUCUGCUGUUAAUCAAAACGAAAAAUAUUUCUAUUCCCACAAUGCAGAAAUUGGCCAAGGAUCCAUUUCAUGGAAUAACCCUAUGGCACUUCAGGGACCUUUUAUUCACCACACAAAAUACCCGAACAGUUAUGAUGCUGAUAGACAUACAUCCUUCUUUCCAACAAUAUCGGAAACAUCACCGAAUCCUAAUUAUUCUAAUUACAUGCAUAACGGCCCCGAAGGGUCAUCCGGCUCACAUUUAAUUGCAAGAAAUCCAGAGCCGUUUUCAAGUACAUUUAAGACUUGUGCAGCAACAUCCGACAGACACAGUACUGAAAACAGGUGUCAUUCUUCAGGACAAGGUAUUUACAAGUUUCAGUGUUCACCGAACGAAGCCGGGCUGAUAGCAAACCAGUACAUUCUUAUUGAAAAGUGGCAGUGUGAGAGACUAAGGGAGAUAACCCUGCCCAGCAAGGUUGCCCAUGUCUACAAUCCGUUGGAGUACGCGUUUGAAACGCACUAUGAUUUCAUAUCCAAGUUCUGCAACUCGGAGAAGCACAUUCUGUUUCUUGGGAUGAACCCAGGACCGUGGGGGAUGUCGCAGAAUGGGGUUCCAUUUGGAGAAAUCAACAUUGUAAAAAAUUGGUUCGGAGUGACAGGUUCCGUGUCGAAGCCUCACAACGAACAUCCCAAGCGACCGAUUCUUGGUCUCGACUGUAAAAGAUCUGAGGUGUCUGGUUCUCGGUUCUGGGGAUUUUUCAAGGAUAUUUGCAAAACACCGGAAAACUUCUUCAGAACCUGUUUUGUAUACAACCUCUGCCCAAUGGCGUUCAUGACGGAGUCCGCUAAGAACAUAACCCCUCCGCAGCUGACGGCCAACACCCUUCUCCAGGUGAACUCAGUCUGUGAUGAGGCUUUACUCAGAGUGGUGCAGCUACUCAAUGUGAAGGUGAUUGUCGGCGUGGGGAAGUACGCCUACAACCGCGCCCUCAAAGUGAUGACGUCGGCAGGCAUCAACAGCGUGGCGGUGGAUCAAAUAAUGCACCCGAGUCCCAUCAACCCUGCUGCUAACAAGGGUUGGAGUGGAAUCGUUCUCCAGCAGUUGCAGGAGAAAGGAUUGUUGGCCGUUAUUACGCAAGACGGGGAAAUAAAAUUAGAAUGAAAUUA